AUAAUAACAACGCCAGGUUGGUUAAUAGCGCUGCGACUGAGGGACUAGUUCCCGUUCCCGUGUGUAGAUUAGCCUCAGCCUAACGUUACUGUACACGGCGGCUGCGAAACAAAAUGGGGGUUAGGUUCGUGGGCGGAGCGGCUUUAAAACGAAACGCGUUGGACUGUCUACAGCCUGUCGCUUUGAUAAAUCCGAUAGCGGACAGUGUUGUUUGCUAUGUAAAGCGGCGAAGCUAAUAGGCGAGGCCUUUAUUUGGUCCGCGGUUAUGUGCGCACAUUUGAUCCGUCUUUUCUCCAUGGCGCCCACGGAGCGACUGCAGCUCGACCUGCUGCGGGAGAGUUAGCAGGAGGCGCCUUUUUCUGCAGCACCCCCGGUUUUGUCUGUUUGUUUUGUUUUGGUCCUCUUUUUUUUAAUUGAAGUGGGGAUCACACAGUCUGAACGCGUUUAAAUGUGUUCGUUGUUUGGCAUCUUUAAAGAGGCAAUUUUCCUUUAAGUGUGUCUUCCUGUGUGAAGCCGCUGCGGGAAGCAGCAGAUGAUCAAUGUGUGUUAUUCGCUCGCGCAUUAACGCUAUUGCACAACUCGGUGCUUCUUUCACUCGUUUUUCUAAAUUAUACAUCAAAUUAAAUGUGUUUUUAUUUCAUGCAGAACUGUUGACCUGUUAGGGUAAAUGAAAAAGAAAAAAAAAGCCCGUAUGUGUACAAUGUCACGAUCAUCAAUGAAUUAUGUAUUGGCUGUAAUGCUGACAGGCGAUCAUCCAUUGACACUGUGAACCAACAAAAGCAUGUCGGCCAGAGGAGGAAAAAAGAAGACCACCAAGCUGUCACGCUCAACCCGGGCUGGCGUUAUCUUUCCUGUAGGGAGGAUGAUGAGGUACUUACGCACAGGGACUCAUAAGUACCGCAUCGGUAUGGGAGCUCCUGUCUACAUGGCAGCUGUCAUUGAGUAUCUGGCAGCUGAAAUUUUGGAACUAGCUGGUAAUGCAGCCAGAGACAACAAGAAAGGACGAAUCACUCCACGGCAUAUCAAGUUAGCAGUGGCUAAUGAUGAAGAGCUUAACCAGCUACUCAGAGGGGUUACAAUAUCAAACGGUGGCGUCCUGCCCCGUAUCCACCCUGAGCUGCUCUCCAAGAAAAGAGGAGGGAGAGUGAAGGUGGACUCACAGAUGACGGCACCAGAGAAAACAGAGAAAGAGGUCAAGAGCAGCAAGAGAUCCUCCAAAAAGAGAGGAAAACCAGGCCGUAAGCCAAGGAAGAGUGCAGAUAAUGACAAAGACGGAACCAACAGCACAAUGGAGGAUGGACCAGGAGAAGGAUUCACUGUUCUCGCAGCAAAGAGUUUGUUCCUUGGACAAAAGCUGUCUCUUGCAGAGAGUGACAUCAGCAAAAUUGGAGCCAUCAAAGUUGAGGGAAUUAUUAAUCCCACAAAUGCAGAGAUUGAUCUGAAGGAUGGAAUUGGUAAUGCACUGGAGAAAGCUGGAGGGAAAGAUUUCCUGGAUGCUGUAAAAGAACUGCGGAAGACGCAAGGCCCCUUGGAGGUUGCGUCAGUUGCAGUUAGCCAGGCCAGUGGAAUGGCAGCACGUUUCAUCAUCCACUGCAAUGUCCCUCAGUGGGGCUCUGAUAAGUGUGAGGAUCAGCUGGAGAAGACAGUGAAGAACUGUCUGUCUGCUGCAGAGGAGAAGAAGCUCAAAUCUGUGGCAUUCCCUUCUCUACCCACUGGAAGAAACGGUUUCCCAAAGCAAACUGCAGCCCAGCUGAUACUGAAGGCCAUUUCAAACCAUUUUGUUUCAGCAACCACAUCCUCACUGAAGAACAUUUACUUUGUGAUGUUUGACAGUGAGAGCAUUGGAAUUUAUCUGCAGGAAAUGACCAAGAUGGAUGUCAAGUGAUGACUGUGCAAGGGGUUCUGUUGUUGGUAGCUUGCAUAGCUUGGAUGCUAGUCUGUUUUAUCUGGUGAGUUCUGUGUAGGCCAUUUUUUUUUUAUGGAAAACCGAACUGACAGAUCCAGGCUAACCGCAGAAUUUUGGCUCGUUUUCCAGCUAAUGUGUUGUUUGACUAAAGAUGCUGUAGUUAUUUGGGUUUCGGAACAAAUUUGGAAGGUAUAUAAAAAGGGUAUUUGUGAGUGACGUACUAUAUGAAUUUAUGUUACACUGUUUCCUUCAUGACACUCAUUUAGAGUAGGCCAAGUUCAUUUGUUCCAUUUUUGUUCUUAGACUGAGCUUGUUUUAACAUUCCAUGUUGUAUAAAAGACUUUUAAUCACUGUUUUUUCAGCUAGAGUUCCUGUGUAGUUUCUGAUACAGUUAGUUUAUUAAGGAAAAAAAUGUGUGUCAUUUUGAUUUGAAAUAAAACAGAUGUUUUACACUGUA